AGCUGCUGUAAGAGCAAGCUGUUCCCUAAGGGGCUACCUGACUGAUGGGUUCCUAUCUUGUUAAUGCAACAUUCCAGUCCAAAAUAACAGAAGGGGCAGAUAUUAUUAUUGGAAUGAUUUAUACAGUGUUUGGUGAAAACUAGAAUUUUCUGGUGAUGCUUUCAUUCUGUUUCUGAUGUUCUGCAUGCAGAUCAUCAUCAACAAAGCAAGGUGCAAACUUGCUCUUGCUGGAAAGUGAACUGCUCAUGAAAUUGUGAAAAUUCCAUCUACUUCAGCAAUCCCAUGAUAGCCAACCCUGCUCAGAUCACUGGCUCGCUUCAGUGUGACUUUACAGCAUGCACUAUGUUAGUGGUGUCACAGCUGCUACAGGACCUUGAAAGAGAAAGGAGCCGGCCUAUUGGGCAGGGGGGUGUCAGCAGAGUCCUAAAGCAGCUGUGACAUCCACAUGGUACAUGCUGGGAUAUCAUAUCAGAGCUUGAGCUGGUAAUCCAAACAGGGCUGGGUGCUGUGGGGCUUGAAAGCAAACAGAAAAGGAAUAUGCUCCUUGUGUGGAAACAGUAUUCUUCUGUAUGUUUCCUACAAGAAAAAGAAUUUACUAAAACCAGCAGAAUACUUCAUGAUCAACCUUGCCAUCAGUGACCUUGGUAUGACUCUGACCUUGUAUCCUCUAGCUGUUACAUCCAGCCUUUCUCACAGAUGGCUGUAUGGUAAACAAGUUUGCUUGUUCUAUGCAUUUUGCGGUGUACUUUUUGGGAUCUGCAGUCUGUCAACACUAACAUUACUGAGUACUGUGUGCUGCCUCAAAAUUUGUUUUCCAGCUUAUGGGAACAGAUUUAGGCAAGAACAUGGACGAAUCUUGAUAGCCUGCGCAUGGGCCUAUGCAGCAAUUUUUGCCUGUUCACCCCUAGCUCAUUGGGGAGAGUAUGGAGCAGAGCCCUAUGGUACAGCUUGUUGCAUUGACUGGCAUUCAUCAAAUGUAAACACAGUGGCAAUGUCUUACACCGUAGCUCUCUUUGUCUUCUGCUUUAUCAUCCCCUGUGGGGUAAUUGUUACGUCCUAUACCUUCAUUCUGAUAACAGUCAAAGAAUCCAGAAAAGCAGUGGAACAGCAUGUCUCAGGUCCCACCAGGAUGAGCAACGUGCAGGCUAUUACAGUCAAGAUGAGCAUUGCUGUAUGCAUUGGAUUUUUUGCUGCCUGGAGCCCCUAUGCCAUCAUAGCCAUGUGGGCAGCCUUUGGAUCCAUAGAAGGGAUUCCUCCACUAGCCUUUGCUGUGCCAGCUGUCUUUGCAAAGUCCUCAACACUCUACAACCCAGUUACCUAUCUUCUUCUGAAGCCCAAUUUCCGAAGCACCCUUGCCAAAGAUUUUGGAGUUCUCCAGCAAUUAUGCAUCAGGACUUGUUGUUGCCUCAAGGCCCUACAGAGCUGCAGUUACAGGUCAGUUCUGGAAAUCAGCCUGAAAUCAUUUAAAGGGAGAAAUGAGUCCAGCUGUAACUCAGUGCAGACUGUGGAAGGAUGUUCUUAUUUCCCUUGUGAAAAGUGCAAUGAUACUUUUGAAUGCUUUAAGAACUAUCCAAAAUGCUGCCAGGAGAGGUUAAGCACUAUGGAAUAUACUCCUCAAGAAAGUGUGCUUUUGGAGAGUAGUCUCCAAGCAAAACAGAAUCAGGAUGCCAAGAAAUCUGUAAAGGUGGUUGUUCAAGGAGAAAAAAGCACUCAAAAUGAUAACUUUGAAAUCACCUUGGAAACAAUACCUGCACACAGCAGAUUUGCAAAUCUGUAGAGUCUGGAGGGUUUCAUUUAAGAAACAAUAAAGUAAUGGUACCAGACUUUUGAAUGUAACCUUUUCUAAACAGCCCACCCACUGCCCAUUUUCUAUACAGUUUUCCUGGUUCCCUCACGUGUCCUUUGAUAGAAUGCCUAAUGGAGCAUGAACUUGUUAAAAAGGAUGUUUGACUCUCACGAUGCAGACUUCAGUAAGUAUCUUGUGCUAACUAUAUUCAAACAGUACUAUUGCAAUUAAUUUCCUUCCCACUUUGAGUUUUGGAGCUCUUGUUUACUUUGUUUUCAAGGAAACAGACCCCUGGGUACUAUGAGGACAUUUCUGUAAGGUGUUGUUAUUCUUUCUAAAAGUUGUAUGUUUUAAAUUCUGUACACUCAAGACAAAUAGCAUAAUGCAUAUAAGAAUUUU